GCCAAUAAACGCGACGCUUCGCGCCGGAGGAGGCGCGUCUGACUGACUGUCAUGCGAGUUUCAGGAACCGAAGAGAACAGAAGGGCGUGUGUUAUUAAUAAUCAGCCGAGCAGAAAGUCCCACAGUCGUUCUGACAGCGAGCAGACGAGGAAACGCAGCGCUGCGGAGAGGAGAGGACGCCGAGCCGCGCUUGAUUCAUCGCUGCGUGGGUUACGCUUCUGCGCUCGGCGCUGCUUUCUGUCGCGUUCCAGCGUGACUAAUCGGAGCUUUGACGCAGUGGAUUGUUUCUUCAUCUGAUCGAUCCUACACACAGUUUAACGCUGAGGAUUUCUGAAUGCCCUUCCCAAUCCCAACAACUCGAUUGAUUAUUUUUUCCCAUCGUGGAUGACUGAAAACGCACAGCUGAGAGAAUUUCUCGGCGUAUUAUGUCUUGUGAGGAAUCUGUCUUGCUGUUUCAAUGACGGCGUGGGAAAUGCCUCGAGCCUCAAACUCAACAGCCCCAGCGGUCUGGGCAUGAGCGUCAAUCCCAACGGCUCGCUGAUGUCUUCUCCAGACAUGAACCUCCUGAAGCUGGCCUCUCCAGAUCUGGAGCACCUGAUUAUCCAGUCUAACCAGGGACUGGUUACUACAAGCCCGGCUCCAAACGCGUCUGCUAAUCCCUUCAUGUACCGAAACCAGGCCACGAACGAGCAGGAGGGAUUCGCAGACGGCUUUGUCAAAGCUCUGGCCGAUCUGCACAAGCAGAACCAGCUGGUGGGGGCCCCCAUGUCGCCCUCCUCCUCCAUCCAGGGCUCCUACCAGAGGAACCUGAUGCCGGGCGCAGACAUGCCCAUCUACACCAACCUGAGCAGCUACAACCCCAACCAGCUGCCCUCCUCUUACCCCGGCGGCCAGAUGGCCUACGCCUCGCCCCACGGCCCUCAGACUCGAGGCCCGGACGCUCCGCAGACAGUGCCCGAGGUCCCUCACCUGCCCGGGGCCGACCCGGCCAGCUCCCCACCCUCGCUCUCUCCCAUCAACCUGGAGACCCAGGAGCGGAUCAAGGCGGAGCGCAAGAAGCUGCGGAACCGCAUCGCCGCCUCCAAGUGCCGCAAGAGGAAGCUGGAGAGGAUCUCGCGGCUGGAGGAGAAGGUCAAGGUGCUGAAGACGCAGAACUCGGACCUGGCCUCCACCGCCAGCAUCCUGAGAGAGCAGGUGGCUCAGCUCAAACAGAAAGUCAUGAAUCACGUCACUAAUGGCUGCCAGAUCGCCGUCAGCUCAGCCGGCAUGGCCAAGAGCGGCGAGAGCACCAGCUGCUGAAACCACAAGACACGCGCAAGGCUUUUCUAAUGACUUUCUCUUUAUCUGCUCUCGCGCUCAUUCUCUGUCUCUCUCAGCCCCGUCUUGCUUCUGCUCAAAGGGAGAGGCGGGGGAGACCCGUCAGUGAGCGACGCCGCUUUCCAUCUGUCCAGGAUUGACAAACCUGCACAUGCUCCCGAAGUACGUUCUUCAAACGCUCUUUGGACUCGGGGUCGAAAAGGCCAAAGUGACAGGGAUGCAAAUGCACUGCGGGUGGGAUGGUCAUAAAGGGAACAAAAAUUCUGCACUUGAAUAUUUUUCUCUUUUUUUUCCUGUUAACCCCGGCUUGCAACUGCAAUUUUUCACUUCAGGCCGAUGGAAACUUUCCUCAACGUUUUUUUCUUUAUAAUCAACGUCUCGUUCAACCUAUGGAAAAACUUUAUAUAUUUUAGGGGUUCGUGUUUCUAAAAUUGUUGCACUAUUAUGCAAACAUAUCUCCAAAGCACCUGACGGACUCUUACAAACGUGGAAGAGAACCGAUCCCUUUAUACUGCUUUGAGAUGUCACCUGUGUUCUAGUGGAAAUCUCUUGGUUUAAUCUGUCACCUUGUCUCAGUAACAACAUUACAGCAUAUGUUUGUUGGUUGGUUGGUUGGUUUGAUAUUGUGCAAUUUGUGAAUAUGAGAAAAAAAUAUUUUAUACGAACCAAGACUUUUUCAAAAGUAUUACCUAUUAAUAUCGCAACAUUAUAAGCAAAGAGACAUCUGCGGAUAAAGGAUUGUGGUACUGUGCAAAACUUUAAUGGCACCUUUGGCCGGUUUUGAGUUGGGAAUUUCCUGAGCAUUCCGAGACCUUUUGCACUGUAGUCUCCCGUCGGGAGAUAAGUCCUAAUAAUGGGUUGAUAGUGUGUUUUUGCCAUUAUCUAAUGAGUAUUAAUGCUGUGUUAACCUAGAGUAACGGUGUGGAAAAGCUACUCUGGACUAAAGAAAUGGAAAAAUGCACCAAGUCAAGAGUCAAAACUGACCUGAAAUCAGAACGACAACAAAAGGGCUUUUGAUCAAUAGUAUUUUGCAUUUUUUCUGUAUUUUAUUUUAUUUUAAUUUUUUUUAUGAAUUAUGAAGCAAUUUUAUUUAUACAGAAUUUGUAUUUAUGUUGUUUUCUGAGGAGAGGAAGAAUAUGGUUGGAAUACUAGUGUCUAGUUGAAACUACACGAUUGCACAUAAAUCAGAAACAUUAAAUGAUGUGUAAUAUUUAUCCUCUGUGUAUAGCAUGACAGUUUGAACUAUAACUACAACUAUGUUUAUAGUAGAUAAAAUAAUAAAUGAACAGAAUUCUGCAAGAUUGUGGGUAAUGCACCCAGACAUUGUUUUACGAGGCGAGCAGAAGUCAGCGCUCUACUGCAGACGUCAGAUCAGCUCGAUGAAGUCACGAGCUUCGCAUCGCUGCGAUAAAGAACUCGUAGAAGGCCUGCUUUUGUGAAAACCAUCCAUGUGUUAAAGAGUCCUGUACGUCUGCCAGUGUUGCUACUCAGAACUGCUGUUCAAUGCUUUUCUUUUACAGUCAAUGGAGAUGCAGAUCAUUUUAUUUAUACAUGUAUAUCCAUUAGGAGAUGAUUCGUAGGGAUACCGGAGACUGGUACUAGAACUGUCAAAUAACCUUGAGCAACAAGAAGAUAUUUAUUUUUUGAAACUUGAAUAAGGUUUUUGAUGUCACAAACGUAUUGUAUUUUUGUACAAAAUUUUUUUGUUUAAGAAUAGUGUGUGUACAGUACCUACUGUAUUGCUUUGUAUCAUUCCAGUACUUUAUUUAUUGAAGUGGUUUUCUUGAGCAGUGUGGUGGUGUUUUAUUUGAGCUCGGCUCCAAGCGUUUCUGUGUUGCUGGUUUGUGUUCGUACACGCCUGCUGUUGGUACAUUUGGCUCCAGUUUUUCCACUGGUCCUUGAUUUGUUCCUGAUUGUUCUGUGUUCCUCUAUUUUAACCCUAAAUCUGGUGUUUUUCGUUGUUUCUUGGGACAUUGGGACUGUAUGGCUGUGUUUUUUGAUCCAACUCUAAAGACUGAUUGCAUCGUUCAUUUCAAAAUGAAGAAAUCUUUGACAGACCACAAGGUCUUUUUUCUUUACUGUGUGUCAUAUGUACACAUACUGAAAAUGAGUUUACUCCGUUUACUUUGCGUGUACAGAAGGCGGUUUGUGUAACGAUUAUCUUCUCAGUCCUGAUCCCGAAUUAGAUUCAGAUUUUCAUGACUGAGCAUUUUAAGUCAAAGAUGUAGUUUGAUGAUGAAUAUGUUGCAGCAGCACGGUGUCUUGAUGUGGAAGAGUGUCAGAUUUUGACGGCCGGUUCUGGAGCCUCAUUUACUGUUUUUCGAGAGAAUUACACAAAGACUCGAGCGACUGGUGGUCAAACGCGGGCUGACGGGGUGUGACUGAGGGGCGACUUGCCUCGCUGGUUUAUUUGCUUCUAAAUAACAUGCAGUCUUCAAAUGCUGUUCAUUGUUCCCUUGUUUUCUUAUUUGAUCAACAAUAAAGAGGAGUAGGUUUC